AUGAGCAUCAUUGACACGACAAAGGAUCUGGCGGCCUUGUUCGAGCAACAGGCACAGGCUACGCCAGAUGUCAUCGCAUUGGAGGACGAGAGCCGGACCCUCACUUAUGCGGAACUGGACAGCCUGACCUGGUCUUUGGCCGAUCGCCUUCGCCAGUAUGGAGUUGGCCGUGACGAUCUGGUGGGAGUGUUGAUGGGCCGGAGCGCAGACAAUGUCAUUGCUUCUCUGGCUGCUCUCCGAGCAGGAGGUGCCUUUCUUGUGCUGGAGCUCGCCUAUCCCACAAGUCUCCUCCACGAUGUCAUUGACGAUGCUAAGCCCACCGUCAUUAUAACGCAAAAAGCUCAUGCUGCCAGCAUCAAGCCGGGCGUUGCUACGAUUAUCAUCGAUCAGCCUGAACCAACCACCAAUGGACAUGCCGCUCCUGUCGUUGUUGAGACGAGAGAGCCUCUGCCUGCGAGUGAUGACUUGGAUCGCCUGGCGUUUGUGUCGUACUCGUCAGGCACAACCGGCAAGCCCAAGGGCAUUGCAAACCCUCACAUAGCACCUGUUCUCAGCUACGACUUGAGAUUCCGUACAAGUGAUCUCCAGCCAGGGGACCGUGUUGCCUGCAAUGUCUUCUUCGUCUGGGAAAUGCUACGCCCCUUGAUCCGAGGCGCCACAACAGUCGCCGUUCCCGAUAGUGCAAGCUACGAUCCCAUCGGGCUUGUCGAGUUUCUUUCUGCCAGACAUAUCACAGACACUCUCAUGACCCCCACUCUGCUGACCACCGUCCUCUCACGGCAUCCAAACCUUGGUGAGAAGCUUCCAGAGCUGAGGUCACUGUGGCUGAACGGCGAGGUGGUUACGACAGACCUUGUUCGUCGAGCUUGCAAUGCCCUCCCCAAUACUCGUCUUCUCAACGUCUACAGCGCCAGUGAGACUCACGAAAUAGCCGUGGGUGACAUCAAGACGUUUGUCGAUUACGAAACUCGCGUCUGUCCCGUCGGACCACCAGUAGACCCUGAGCACAUCUACAUCUUGGACGAGGCAGGAAACAGGCUCGACGCAGGCGUAAGCGGCGAGCUCUUUGUUGGUGGCGAUUUGCUAGCUAGAGAGUACCUAAACCUCCCUGAAACUACAGCCCUUGCUUUCCAAAUGGACCCCUUUGAGAAGAAGGAGGGCGCUCGAAUGUAUCGUACGGGAGACAUGGCGCGGAUGCUCCCGUCCGGCCUCCUCGAGAUCACCGGCCGAGUGGGCGGCAUGAUCAAGACUCGCGGCUACACCGUCCAACCGGGAGCCGUCGAAACGGCCAUUGUCAAGCACCUGGCCGUACGAGAUUGUGCCGUCGUCGCCCAUGGAGAAGGCCUGCAGAAGCAGCUCGUGGCUUACAUCGUCCCCGAUACUGAACAGGUCCCAGGUCGGACAAUUGUUGUCAUUGACGAGGCGGGCCACAGUCCGGUUGCUCGACGAGCACUCUCUGCGCAUCUUGCCCAUUACAUGAUCCCGCCUCUCUGGGUUGAGCUUAAGGAGCUGCCCACGCAUGCCGUCUCUGGCAAGACCAACCUCAAGGCUCUGCCACCCCCUCCGAGGCCGAAAACACCAGUACAAACAACAAAGACAGAGAGAAACGUCACCAUCAAGAUGGAUACGAUUAUCAAGAUAUGGGCUGCGGCUCUCAAUGUCCCCAUUUCGAUCAUCACACCCAAGCACGACUUCUUCGAUCUGGGCGGACACUCUCUGACUCUGGCCGAUCUCGCCAGCAGACUUACCAAAGCAUUUGGGUUCCCCGUUCCCCUGGGUCCAUUGGCAGGUAGUCCUACUCUAGAGGGCCACCUGGAGGCCGUCAAAGCUGCGCGUGAUGGCCACACCGAGGAGGUGCAGGCAGAUCUCCCAGCAGUUCUUCGAGCCGAUGCUGUGCUUCCGGAGGAUAUUCAAGCUAUCCCGGGUACACAAAUGCAGCGCCUCAGUGACGCCCAAACAAUCCUCCUCACUGGAUCCACUGGUUACCUUGGAGCUUUUCUUCUCAAAUACCUCAUCGAAUACACUUCGGCGACUAUCCUGUGCAUGGUGCGAUUCACAGAGCCUAAUGAAGACUGCCGUCCAGCCGGCACGGCGAGAAUCCGCAAGAACCUCAUCGACCUGGGCAUUUGGAGCGACUCUAUGCUAGAGCGUAUGGAGAUUGUCCCAGGAAACCUAGCCAGGAGCCGGUUGGGUCUGUCUCCAGAGGCUUUCGAAGAGCUUGCGUCUCGUCCACAAGUAAUUGUCCACGCUGCGGCCACUGUUAACUUGGUCUAUCCUUAUGCCGCCUUGAGAGCGGCCAACGUGGGUGGAACGAGAGAGAUUCUUCGCCUUGCCUCGCGUGGCGGUGCAACCCUUCAUCACAUCUCAACUAACGGCGUGCUGCCACCAUCAGUCGAGGGCUGGUCUGAGGAUGCCAUGACUGACUUUGACGACGUGCCCACCAAGCUUCAAGAUGGCUACGGCCAGACCAAAUGGGUUGCAGAGAAGCUCGUGGUUGAGGCAAACAAGAGAGGCAUCCCGGUCAAGAUUUACCGGCCCGGAACCAUCAGCGGCCACAGUGUCACCGGUGCUGCCAACACUUAUGAUCUCCUCAAUGCCCUCUUUAUCGAAUCACUCCAGCUUGGCCAGGCCCCUGACAUCGCCAACUGGGUAGUAGAAAUGACGCCUGUUGACUUUGUGAGCAACGCUAUCAUCGCGCUGGCUGACCACACCCAAGGAAACCAACUAGUGUACCAUCUUGGUGAUCCCAGCCCGAUCAAGGCCACUUCUCUUUUCGAUUCCCUCUCUGAGCUGGGAUACGAAACAGGCCGCCUCCCCUGGGACGACUGGGUAGAACUCUGGAAUGAGAAGCGAGGCUCUCGAGGGGGAGACGAACCCUUUACCGUCGAUAUCCUGCGUGGAGGAAUGCCCACCGUCGACUCGCUUCAGGGUGCCAUUGUUCUCAAGGACGGUGCUACGCAGCCAACACUGGAUUUGUACGGAAUUGAGCGGAUCAAGAUUAAUGCCGCCCUUCUCGAGACGUAUACACGGCACUUUUACGCCAGGGGAUGGCUUCCAAAGCCACCUCGUCGACUCAAGACCAACGGAGCAGCCUCCAGCGUCAAGAAGGGACGUCUGGCCGGAAAAGUCGCCAUUGUCACAGGAGCCUCUUCCGGAAUCGGAGCUGCUGUCGCCGCUGGUCUCGCCAUGGAGGGCGCAUCCGUGGCUCUUGCAGCACGACGCACCGAUGCUCUCGAGAGCAUCAAGGCCAAGAUUGUCAGCAGCAGCCGAGGCAAAGUCCUGAUCCACCAGACGGACGUUGCAAAGAAAGACCAGGUCGAUGCCCUCGUCCGCGAAACCACGGAAAGGCUUGGCCCUGUCGAUAUCAUUGUGUGCUGCGCCGGCGUCAUGUACUACACCAUGAUGGCCAAUGUCCAGACGGAUCAAUGGGAGCGCACUGUCGAUGUCAACUGCAAGGGCGUUUUGAACUGUCUCGCCGCCACUGUGCCCGGCAUGCUGGAGAGAAAGGCCGGUCAUGUCGUCGCCAUUUCUUCAGAUGCCGGCCGCAAAGUGUUCCCUGGACUCGGUGUGUACUCGGCCAGCAAGUUCUUUGUUGAGGCAACGCUGCAGAGCCUGCGCGUCGAGACGGCUGGAUCUGGUCUACGCGUGACUUCAAUUCAACCCGGCAACACUGCGACAGAUCUGCUCGGCAUGUCGACUGAUGCGGAGGCCGUCAAGAAGUAUGGCGAGCCGUCAGGAGCAAAGAUUCUGGAUCCAGAGGAUGUGGCGCGGUCGAUUGUAUAUGCUGUGUGCCAGCCGGAACAUGUUGCCGUCAAUGAGAUUCUUAUUGAACCUCGAGAUGAGCCCAUUUAA